AUGCGUCUUGUGAAGCUGCUAAGUAAGGGCGAAGGAAUCAGAACGUUACUGUGGACUUUCUUGAAAUCUUUUCAGGCCCUUCCGUACGUUGUAUUGCUAAUUGUACUGCUGUUCUUCAUUUAUGCGGUCAUAGGAAUGCAGGUUGGUACAGUGUUUGGAAGAAUUGCUCUGGACGACGACACGCAAAUUCACCGACAUAACAAUUUUCAAACGUUUUACAACUCGUUGUUACUACUUUUUCGUUGCGCCACCGGUGAGGCGUGGCAAAGCGUCAUGCUCGCCUGCUCCGACCGUCCUGACGUGCGAUGUGACCCGGCCGCAGGUUUCGAAGAAGGUGAAGGCGCGCUGGUGACUUGCGGUACCGACUUUGCCUACCCGUACUUCAUAUCAUUUUUCAUGCUCAGUUCUUGUCUGGUAGAGUUAAACGCGUUUCAAGGUGCAAUGGACGAAUUGCUUAUCAUAAAUCUGUUCGUGGCAGUCAUCAUGGACAAUUUCGACUACUUGACUCGCGAUUGGUCGAUUCUCGGCCCUCACCACCUGGAGGAAUUUGUCAGGUUGUGGUCCGAGUACGAUCCAUACGGCCGGGGUCGAAUCAAGCACUUGGAUAUCGUCCUGCUGCUGCGCAAGAUUAGCCCUCCGCUCGGCUUCGGCGACUUCUGCCCUCACCGAAUCGCGUGCAAAAGACUGGUGACGAUGAACAUGAGCUUGCUGCCGGACGAAACGGUCGACUUCAACGCGACGUUAUUCGCGCUGGUGCGCACAAACCUGAACAUCUACGGAGACGACACCAUCGAAGUGGCGAACGAAAAACUGCGAAAGGUAAUCAAGAAGAUCUGGAAGAAGACUCCUGACUCCUUGCUCAAUUCCGUACUGCCUUUGACGACAGGCGAAGAAGACGUGACUGUCGGAAAGUAUUACGCGACCUACCUCAUUCAGGAUUACUUCCGUCGGUUCAAACGUCGAAAAAUGCGUGAGAAUCAACUGUCUGCCGUUACAAAGUUGAAGCAAAAUCAGACCGUACUUACGCAUACUGGCAGCUUUAAGUCUCAAUUGUACGGCUAUUAUGAAGCGUACAUGCAAUAUGCUUUCAGGCUGGUUUGCGCAGUCCAAGUCAAGAAGAUCGCGCUGAGCCUAAGAGAAAAAUAUCGGUUUCGAUUUCUGCUGAAUGCCUGGAAGAGUUUGAAAAGCCGACACAUAGAAAACCUGUCAGAUAACUCGAAAUUGGGAGUUCAAAUACCAAGCGUCGGCGUCAAUCAUGACGUGGCAAUUUGCGUUUCAAGGCAGAUACCACUUGAAGAAGCGAACAUUUCAACGCGACUUAUGCCGCAGACUCAGCCAGCGUCUAGUCGCAACUGGCUUCUGAAAGACAUAUUCCUGAAAUUUAUUGGAAAGCAGGGAAGCCGGCAUCCACAGCAAAAGCAGCAACUGAACCAUGAGCGAAACCUCGUAAACUAUGCGCACAAAGACGGGCUUCAGCACCAGCUGAGUAUGGCACGCACCACCAGCAUCAACAUGAACGACGAAUCGGCAAGCACCACCAUCGGUCACCCGUCCAUCGAUGCCACCAGUACUGGACGACACAGAGCCAGUAGCGGAGGCGGCUAUUCGGUCGGUCCGGUGACGACGGCUACGACUCUGACUAACACCGCCAAUACGAGUGACGUUCGCUCAUUUUAUGCAACAGCAAAAUUUGCGCCUCUAAAUCGUUUGAGUACGAUUUUGGUUUUGGUUUGCGUCAAAUCUUUGCCCUCGAAGCUUUCGUUCAGUGGCGAACCGAUCGUCGACUGCCUGGACAUUGGAGGCGAAGUGAAAAGAAGAGGUCUUGUCCGAACCAUGAGCAGCCUCAGAGCGUUUCGAAUCCUGUUGCACCUCUGUGGCUUGACCUUUGCGCUGGCCGCCAUUUGUCUCCUUUUGUCAGCGAUCCUCACAUCUGCCUGGCAAGUGGUGAAUAUCGAGGAGUCGCACACGUUGCACUACCACGGUCUGUGGUUGAACUGCGUCAGGAGGCUCGGAGUCACUCAUGCGAACGACGACACCGGUUGGGCGUGCACCUACAACGUCGGCGACGAGGUAGCUGGCCACGACAAGGAGCACCAGCCUGUCGACUUUACGUCCACUUCAGCUCUCACUGCUGCAAUUGGUGUUACGUACUACUACGUCAAGUCGAACCUACUGGAGAACAAGAUCAUUGUCUCGGUGACUUCCACUUAUGCGGUAGGCGAUGAAGAUUUUAAAAAUUAUUUACUUAACAGAUGGGUGCUAAGAAUAUCAUCAGAUCGAAUAGUGGGCAAAUCUGACGAGUCAAAUGUCGAAAUUUAAUG